UUAAGCUGCAUAAGCGAAAACCAUAUACGUGCUUGCUUGAAAGCCAAGGUCGUUCAUGAACAUUCUAAAAUUACCCAUCUGUGUCAAAGUGACAAUGAAACCCGAUUUUCAUGCAUGAAUAUCCGUUGAAUUGUCCAAAAAUAUUGGAAUAUUUACAGCACAAGAUGAUGCCAACCACUACUUUGAGUUUUCCUCUCUUUGGUUGCCUGUCAUUUCCCUGGCUUCUGGAGCCUCCUCUUUGGUUUGGCAGCCUUUGAGAACAAAAGUUUAUGGAAGAUGCCCUACAAUCUGACCCUGAAACUUCUUCAUGGUAAUCGCCUCCGUGCCUGCUCUUCAGUUCAUAGCUUCUGGGUUUGCGGCUUUUGUCUCUAAGCACAAUGGCUCGCGCGAUGUCCCCAAAGAAAAUCAAGAAGGACAGGCUGCUAGCUCGGCACCAGCUGCUACUACCGUGGCUGCUAGUCCUGCAGGAGGUAGUACAACAAGAAGAUCAAGAGCUGGAUUCUCCGACACCUUUUCAAACCAUGAUUUGAGAGCAUUGAGAUUGGAGGAGACGGUCAUAGAUGACUGUACUCCUAGAGAUGUUCUUGAGGAUGACCACUCAAGAAGCUUAGAAUCUGAAGCAUCAACUCCCAAGGCAAGCACUUCAGACUCGGAAGGAAAAAUUAAUAAUGGCCCCAUUCGUGGUUUCUUCAGAAUGUUGAGAAGAGGACAGCAACCCUUCCCUCCUGUGAAGAUUCCAGCAAAACCAAAACUCACAAGACGGAAAAGUAAACGAAUAAGAGAAGACCUCAUUCCACCACUCAACAGUCCCGCUCUGAGGUCUCCUCUGGAUCCUGAACUAUACGGCUUCAAAUCUUCCUGGAAGAAUUACUCACUCUCAGAGCUCCAAGCUGCAACCAACAACUUUGGCAAUGAGAAUUUGAUUGGGGAGGGGGGCUAUGCUGAAGUUUACAAGGGGACAUUGGAAGAUGGGCAGAUUGUCGCAAUUAAACGUCUAACUAGAGGUAACCCAGAAGAAAUGACAGCAGACUUCUUAUCUGAGCUUGGUGUUAUAGUUCAUGUUGACCACCCCAACAUAGCAAAACUGAUUGGGUAUGGGGUUGAAGGAGGGAUGCACCUUGUUCUUCAUUUGUCUCCCCACGGGAGCCUAGCAUCUAUACUAUAUGGCCCGAGAGAGAUGCUAGAUUGGGGCAUCAGAUAUAAAGUAGCUUUAGGGACGGCUAAGGGCCUUGUGUAUCUUCAUGAGGGGUGCCAGAGAAGAAUUAUCCACAAAGAUAUUAAGGCUUCUAAUAUAUUGCUCACAGAGGAUUUUGAGCCUCAGAUAUCUGAUUUCGGGCUAGCAAAGUGGCUACCAGAUCAAUGGACUCACCACAUUGUAUCAAAAUUUGAAGGCACAUUUGGCUACCUUCCCCCUGAGUUCUUCAUGCAUGGCAUAGUAGAUGAAAAAACUGAUGUCUAUGCAUACGGGGUACUAUUAUUAGAGCUCAUCACUGGCCGGCAAGCUUUGGAUAGCUCACAUAAAAGCCUUGUCAUGUGGGCCAAACCUUUACUCAUGCAAAAUAAUAUUAAAGAGCUAGCUGAUCCAAGCCUUGUUGAUGUCUAUGAUGUGGAACAAAUGAAAUGUCUUGCCUCGAUAGCUUCGAUGUGUGUACAGCAGUCUUCAGUGAAUCGACCACAAAUGAGACAGAUUGUCCAGGUCUUAGAAGGUGAUCAAGAGAGUUUGGAUCUUGUAAAAAAACGGCAAAAGUCUAAAAAACUUGAGAGGACAUAUUCUGAGGAGCUCUUAGAUGCAGACGAGUACAACUCCACCAAGUAUUUAACUGAUCUGGAUAAGCGUCUGGAGUUUGUUUUAGGCCCCUCUAAUGAAGUGUAAAUAUUUCUGUGAAGAAUUGGUUGGAGAAUGCACAAACUAAAAAGUUUGGAAGGAGGAAAACAGAUCAACAUGGAAGAGAAUGUUAUGUAAGCAUUGUAGUUACUUAUAAUGAAAGUAACCAGAUGAAGAAAAGAGGUGGUGAGUGACAUACUGACAAAUUUAGGGAUGCGAUUUUAGUGAUCCAUAGCUGGUGGAAAGCUAGUUGUUUUCAGUGAGGAUGAGUGCUUUAAUUUCUGCAAUAAUUCUCGUUUUUAUUUGCCAGAAGUCUGUACUGUAAAUUUGUAAGCGAUUCUCAUGAAGGAUAAACCUACAUCAAGAGAAGAUUUCAAAUAUCAAAAUUAGAUUGUCUCAUAGUUGUUUACUAA